AAAUUGUAUUUUAAUAUCAAUUAGUCAUAAAUGAGACCAUAGUUUGCAUCAAUUGUUUUGAUAUUAAUUUCAAACCAUUAAAUAAUGACAUUUAAAUUGACACUAAAUGUCGGAUCAAAUUAACAUUCUUGUGAUGGUCUGUGGAUCAGUUGCUGCCAUUAAGACACCCAUUCUAUUGGAUCAAUUGAAUCGGUUAUCAGAUUUGUAUAAAGAUCGGCAAAUAGAGGUCCGAUUGGUGACCACUGAACACGCCAUUCAUUUCUAUAAUUUUACUGAAAUUAGUGGUCACUAUAAAGUGUAUAAAGAUAGUGAUGAGUGGACACAAUGGACACAAAUGGGUGAUGAAGUGCUUCACAUUGAACUGCGAAAGUGGGCCACUAUUGGACUCAUAGCUCCCAUCGAUGCCAACACUUUGGCCAAAAUAUCAGUCGGUAUUUGUGAUAAUCUUUUGACUUCAAUAGUUAGGGCCUGGGAUUUGAACAAACCUUUAAUAUUUUGUCCCGCAAUGAAUGUCCAUAUGUGGACACAUCCCACCACUGAUUCAUCAUUGAAAACAUUGCUGUCUUUUGGUUACAAACAGGUCGGACCCAUCUCUAAGAGACUGGCCUGCGGUGACAUCGGUAUGGGUGCUAUGGCUGAAGUGUCCACUAUUGUUGAAUAUGUCCAACAAAUGUUUUAUUUGUGAUAUUUUCAAAAAUCAUAUUUCAAUUAAAUAGUAAUAUAUAUAUAUAU